CACCCAUCUUCGCUCAGCACCCAUCUUCCUCAGCACCCCACGCGGCUCUCCUCCACUCUCCAUUCUUCCCUCUGACGACUGACAGACUGACUGUGCAACAGGCCGUCACCCCACCCCCUCACUGCCAUGAACAGCCCAACUACCACGACCCUGUGCAGGGCUGUGUGCAUCCUCCUCCUGGCCUCCCUGCGCUAUGCCACCAGCCGACCACUGGGCGGGGAAUCCGUGUGCACAGCGCGGCAGCUGGCCAGGUACAGCCUUACCUUCACGGGCAAGUGGAGCCAGACGGCCUUCCCCAAGCAGUAUCCCCUGUUCCGGCCGCCUGCACAGUGGUCUUCAUUGCUGGGGACAGCACACAGCUCUGACUACACCAUGUGGAGGAAGAGUGAGUACGCCAGCAAUGGGCUGCGGGACUUCGCAGAGCGGGGCGAGGCCUGGGCCCUGAUGAAGGAGAUCGAGGCUGCUGGUGAGAAGCUGCAGAGCGUGCAUGCAGUGUUCUCGGCCCCUGCUGUGCCCAGCGGUAUGGGGCAGAUGGCCUCAGAGCUGGAGGUGCAUCCCAGGCACUCUCUGGUGUCCUUCGUGGUACGCAUUGUUCCCAGCCCUGACUGGUUUGUGGGUGUGGACAGCCUGGACCUGUGUGAGGGGGGCCGCUGGAAGGAGCAGGUGGCUCUAGACCUCUACCCACAUGAUGCUGGGACGGAUAGUGGCUUCACCUUCUCCUCCCCUAACUUCGCGACCAUCCCGCAGGACACCGUGACCGAGAUCACAUCCUCCUCGCCCAGUCACCCAGCAAACUCUUUCUACUACCCACGGCUGAAGUCCCUGCCACCCAUGGCCAAAGUAACCCUGGUACGACUCCGGCAGAGCACCAGGGCCUUUGUUCCGCCAGUCCCAGGCCUGGUCAGCAGGGGCAAUGAGAUCAUCGACAGCCUCUCAGUUCCAGAAACACCACUGGACUGCGAGGUGUCCCUGUGGUCACCCUGGGGCCUAUGCAGAGGUCCCUGUGGGAAGCUGGGAACCAAGGUCAGAACUCGGUACGUCCGUGUGCAGCCCGCCAACAACGGCACGCCCUGCCCUGUGCUUGAGGAGGAGACCGAGUGUGUCCCUGAUAACUGUAUCUGACCCAGGUCUGAAUCACCAAGGGCUGACAGGAGGCCCUGCAUAGGCAGCCCUCAGUGGCUGCCAGGGGAGUGAUGUAACAGGCCCCUUCUGCAGGCGUAGGAGUCCGGAGGCCCUAAGUCUGCCCUACAUCAUGUCCCUGUAACUUAUUGCCACCCUUGAGGCUGCCCGUGAUGCUGACAAGAGGAUGCCCCAAAGAGCUCUGUACCCACAAGGCUGUUAAAUACCUCAGACCUGGCACCCAGCCCACUACUGCACCCAUUCCAGGCCAAGGCAGCCUCCAUGCUGCUGGCAGCAUGGCCAGGUGACCAAACAGGAAGCACACAGAGGGCUGAUUUUGGAAAUGUGGCGCUUUCAUUCAUUGAUCUGUGCAUCAGAAUAAAGGCCAUCUGUGCAUGAGAAAUGCCAGGGGCUAUUUUCAAAUCUUCCCUGGACACCACACAGCAUAGGGUGCUAGGUGCACCAACAGAGACAAACUGCAAGGUGCCCAGGACACCGUCUUGGCUGCAAGGCAGGGCAGACACCUGGCAGGAAAGGGAGAGAAGGUUUGUGAGGAUCCCCACUGAGGCCUUAGAAGUUGGCUUGCAGCACCAGCACCAGUCCAGGCAUACACUGCAGGCAGGGAGUAAAUGCAGAUCUGGAGCAGCAGGGGGUCACCAUGGCCACAGCCCUUGCUGCUCCCUCCUUCAGGGGGUGGCUCACGGGGCCACAGUGAGGCGUCUUCCAGGACCUAAGUUCAGGGGCCUUCCCUACAGGGGCCCUGGUAUUGGUCAACUUUCUGUCACUACGAUAAAACAUGAGAUAAACAACUUGGGAAGAGGUUAGGUUGAGUUUGGCUCACGCUAUGAAGGUUUCAGGGCAUAUCCAGGGACUACUUCCAGGCUGUGCUGAAACAGUACAGCAAACUGAAGAGAGAAGACAGCUCAGGACCAGAGGAAAAGGAAAGUUUCCUACCACCUCCAAACCACGUCCCCAGUGAUAAGGACCUCCCAGGACCCAUCUGUAGGCACCAGCAUCCCACCCCCCAGCUCACAGCUCAUCAUCAUCAGGACCUCCUGAGCCAUGUCUGGUCACCAGGACCUCCUACUAGGCCCCAUAUCAUUAAGGUUUCAUGGGCUGCAAACAGUGCCACUCCUGGGACCACAGUUUUGGCACAUGCCCCCGGAGACCUUCCAGAACUAACCUCCAUACUCCAGCAGUCUUUCUGCCCUUCCCAGGCCAUCGAGAGUCAAGGGAGUGGCUCGCCCUUCCCCAGCAUUGUUCCUUCUGGGGAUGUAUAGUCCCUCUGCACUGAGCCAGCAUUGGACAUUGUCAGGGAGACUCUGGGGACAGCCCUGACCCUCAGUCCCUGCUAUAGCCCAGACCAGGCAUGUGUCCUUCUUGCACCUAGGAGUCUGUGGGACACUAUUCUACCAACUAUCUAGGACCAUCUACUUCUGAUGCUCUAGAAUCAAGCCCCAGGCCCACCACUCACCACUCAACAUUCUGUCAUCCUUGGAAAUUCCAGACCAUCAGAUCUGAGUUUAUGUGGUAUCGUGGCUUGUGUCUAGAUGUAUCCCCCAAAAGCAUCAUGCUGUCAUAGGUAGGGCUUUUUAAUAAGUGGCUGAAUUUAGAGUGUGACUGACUCAUGAUACAACACUAGGAUUAAAAGCUAGGAUUAAGGGUGGAUGAUUAAUUAAAUGGUCCACUGAUUAGUUUGGCACUGCCCCAAUCCCGAUAGCCUGGAUACAAAAUAAGGAAGGAACAGAAGGAGGCUUGUCUUGGCCCUCUUGCCACCUUCUGCCCACUAUGGACUGUCUCUCCUCUGCACUGCUCCUCCACUGUGCCACCCUGCCAUGGAGC